CACACACAUGUCAAAAGAAAUAACCUCGACUCGAUAUGUGGUCACAAUAUGACGAAAACCUCCAAAACAAUCCUUUUUUUCUCGAAAUUAUUAAAAAUCAUGGUGACUUGGUAGUGAAAGCGUCGCAAGAGAAUUGGAUCAUUUGUGUGCCUCGUAUCGGUGUCAUUGACCCCAGUGAAAUAACAAUUGAGACGAUUCUUGACCAUAUUCUAGUGCCCUCGGAUCGUGUUGUAUACACCUUGAGCAAAAAACAAGUCACAAUCAAAAACAAGGAAAUCGUAAUUAGUGACCGUCCAAGAACCCUCCAUAUACUCUUCGAAGAAACUUUUUACAUCCAAGACUUGAAAUAUACAGUUUUCUGCAUUGAUAGCCCCCUGUUUACAAAUCGAAUGAUAUGUACUAAUGAGGUGUACAACAUUGAGACCCUUCACGACUGUAUCGACUUCCUCUGGAGCGAGAACUUGAGUCACGUUUUGAUCAAAAUCCAGCGUUUGUGUGCGAGUUUCAUUGACCAGAAUUGUAGUUUUUGUAUGGAAAACCUGCAAAAUCAAAAGGAUUUAAUCGGAAGUUUGUACUCUCAAUGUCUACAACUUGUCCUGAAAAACCGGAGUUUUACCGACUGUGACCAUAUCAAGCUAGCUGUGGAAACAUACAUGCAGAGCUGUCUCGAUAAAUUCCUCAUCCGUGCAAUAAACACAGUCACUUGUGUUGCUGAUUCCGAUUUGAACAAAAUCAUCCGCAACUCCAGUGAACUCCAAUUGAAAGACUUGUCCAUCCCUCGGAAAUUCUGUGAUAACAUUACAAACGCCAAGAGCGAACUAAGCAAAAUAAACAACUUCGUUACGAUCCUGGACAAGGUUAAUUGUAUAAAAUUAACGUUCAAUCAUUUAUACACCAACAUUUGCUUAACCUCCGACGAUGUUUUACAACUUUUCGUCUUCCUAAUUCUUAAACUAAACAUCAGUAACUGGACAUCGAAUCUGGUUUACUUAACCCAGUUCCAAUUCAGUACCCAUACACCCAACGAGAGCAAUUUUCUCGUCACCUCACUUGAGGCAGCUUUAGAAUUCAUCAAAAGCGAGCAAUUCGCCAAAAUCAAAUCUAGUCACUCGACCACUCCUUUAUUCCAAACAAUCGUAACGGACGACUUGGCCCACUUACGAAAACUACUAGAAACGAAGAAAAGCGAUACGAACUUGUGUCAUCCAUUGUGCGAUUGCGACAAUUGCAAAGUGGUGGAUUCUAGUCAUGAUAUUGCGGCGGUUAAUCACAGAGGUCAAAGCCUUUUGACUUUCGCUACUGUUUUGGGGCGGACCGAAAUCGUCGAGUUUUUAAUUUCAUUAGGGGCCGAGGUUAACUCAGUUGACUAUUUUGGGAGAAGUGCAUUGCAUUAUGCGUGUCUUAAAGGCUUCCAAGACGUUUUAUUAAUUCUAGUCAACUGUAAAGCUGAGGUCAAUGUCAGAGACCAUGAUAGGAAUACUCCCUUACAUGUCGCUUGUAACAAUGGACACGAGAAUUGCGUCAAAGCUUUGUUUUACACCUCGAAAGGCUUGGAUAUCGAUUGUGUCAAUAAGCACGGGGACACUCCUCUACAUUUGGCUAUCAAAUGGAAUUAUGUGGGGAUAGUUAGGGUCUUAAUCGAGAAUAACGCCAAUGCUUGCAUUGCUAAUAGGAAGAAUCAACUUCCGGUGAGUUUGGCUCAGAAUUAUUACACUGAGCGGCUUUUGGGCCAGUUUAGUGAGCCUGAGUCAGGGCCAAAAACCACCCAAUGCCAAAUAGACCAGUUCAAGAAAAUCGAUCUAUUACUCAAAGCUAUAGAAAAUAACGAUUUGCCUCUAACUUGUUUCUAUUUGGGUUUCCCUAAUAGUUCAAAACAUUACGAUUUUCAAUCGAAAUGUCACCCUUUGUGCAACUGUGAGAAAUGUGAGGACUUGGAUACUGGUCAAGACUCAAACGUGGAGCGUAUAAACGUCAACAGUUGCAAUAUUGAUGGCUUCACUCCUCUUCAUUUCGCUGCAAAAUAUGGAAGAAUCGAAUUACUUCGUAUCCUCCUCGAUUCUGGGGCUUUGCCCAAUUUGAAAACCUACAAGACCCUUCAAACGCCCCUCCACUUGGCUUGCAUCAAUCAACAAUUAUCCGUCGUGAAGGAAUUGGUCAAAUGUGGGAAUUGUGAAGUGGAUUCGCAGGAUUACAACGGAAACACACCUCUGUACUAUGCAUGCGUUCGCAAUGAUGCAAAAAUCGCCCAAGUGCUACUCACAAAUGGGGCCAAUGCGGAUAUUAGGGAUUUUCAAGGGAACUCCAUAAUCAAGGAAGUGCAAGAGAAGAGUCUCAUGUGAAAAUAAAUUUUCUACACUUUUU